AUGAAGAGGGCCAGAAAGUACGAAGGACAUGCAGUGGGAAUCGACCUUGGCACAACGUACUCUUGUGUUGCCGUAUGGCAGGAACAACACUGUCGAGUGGAGAUCAUUCAUAAUGACCAGGGCAACAGAACAACACCUUCCUACGUUGCUUUUACUGCCAAUCAGAGGCUAAUUGGAGAUGCUGCUAAGAACCAAGCUGCCGCUAACCCAAUUAACACUGUCUUCGAUGUUAAGAGACUCAUCGGUAGAAAAUAUAGUGAUCCGGUUAUCAAGAAUGAUCUGUUGAUGUGGCCAUUUAAGGUCACUGCUGGUGCUGAUGACAAACCAAUGAUUGUUGUUACAUACAAGGAUCAAGAGAAGCACUUUUCUGCCGAAGAAAUUUCAUCUAUGGUUCUCACUAAAAUGCGAGAGAUUGCGGAGGCGUACUUAGAGUCACCUGUUUGUAACGCCGUUAUUACAGUGCCUGCUUAUUUCAAUGACUCUCAGCGCAAAGCUACCAGAGAUGCUGGCGCCAUUGCAGGUCUUAAUGUGAUGCGAAUAAUUAGCGAGCCAACGGCUGCUGCUAUUGCAUAUGGACUUGACAAAAGAUCCGAUUGCACUGGAGAACGAAAUAUUUUCAUCUUUGAUCUUGGUGGUGGUACUUUUGAUGUGUCUCUCCUUACCAUUAAGGGUAAGGUAUUCGAAGUCAAGGCUACUGCCGGAAACACUCACCUUGGUGGAGAGGAUUUUGAUAACAGAAUAGUCAGUUACUUUGUUAAAGAAUUCAAUAGAAAGAACACGGUUGACAUUAGUGGUGACGCGAGAGCCUUGAGGAGAUUGAGAUCUGCUUGUGAGAAGGCGAAGAGGACUUUAUCAUAUGCCGUUACUGCCACCAUUGAAUUGGAUGUUUUCUUUAAAGGAAUUGACUUCUAUUCAUCAAUCACGCGUGCUAGAUUCGAAGAACUUAAUAUGGACCUCUUCAGAGAGUGCUUGGAAACGGUAGAUCGAUGCAUCACUGAUUCGAAUGUGGACAAGGCAAGUGUACAUGAUGUAGUCCUUGUUGGUGGCUCAUCUAGGAUACCCAAAGUGCAGGAGCUGCUGCAAGAAUUUUUCAACGGAAAGGAGCUCUGUAAGAGCAUCAAUCCCGAUGAAGCUGUUGCAUAUGGCGCGGCUGUUAAGGCGGCUUUGUUGACUGGGGGUUCUAAGAGUAGUGCCCCAAAUUUGGUGCUGCAGGAUGUUACUCCUCUGUCUCUUGGUAAAGCCACAAUGGGAGAUGUCAUGAGUGUUGUGAUUCCAAGGAAUACUACCUUUCCUGUAAAGAAAUCAGAAACUUUCUUCACAGUUCAAGACAAUCAAUCACAUGUGCUUGAAGAGAUUUAUGAAGGUGAGAGGACAAGAGCCAGUGAUAACAACUUGCUUGGUCGAUAUACACUUUCAGGAAUCCCUCCUGCUCCUAAGGGCCAUCCUGUAUCGAUAUGCUUCGAUUUAGAUGCCGAUGGCAUCCUUAUUGUGACAUCUGAGGAAAAGACUAAUGGAAAUAAAAACCAGAUUACCAUAACAAAUGAUAAAGGAAGAUUGUCACAGGAAGAAAUUGAAAGGCUUAUUGAGGAAGCUGAGAGAUACAAGGUUGAAGAUGACAAGUUUCUUGAGAAAGCUAAUUCAAUAAUUACUUUGGAGGAUUAUGUUUAUGACAUGGAGAAAGCGUUAAUCAGUUCUAAGCUUUGUCCCGCGGAUAAGAAGAAGCUCAAUUCUGCAAUUGAUAAGGCUAUAACUCUGCUUGAUGAUGGUAACAAGGAGAACAUAGAAAAUCAUGUGUUUGUCGAGUGUCUUAAUGAAUCUAAGCUCAUUUUUGAGCCCAUUAGAGCUAAGACUAGAUAG